AUGGAGGCUGCAAGGGUGGUCGUUGAGGAUGCUCACCGACAGCAUAUGGAGGCCCUCCGCCAGCUGGAGGAGAACAGGACUACUGCACCCGCCUUUGGUCCUGAGCCACGACGUGCAGUCAGGGAGUGGAGCCUGGAGGACUUUUUGAAACACCACCCAGUGAAAUUCGACGGGAAGGCAUGCCCUGAUGCCGCAGACCAGUGGCUGAAGGACCUUGAGAGAAUCUUUUACGCAAAGAUGUGCCCUGCGAAGAAUAGACUAGCUUUUAUCGUGUACAUGCUUACAAGAGAGGCGGAGCAUUGGUGGAUUAGCAUGAAAUUCAUCAUGGAGGAAAUGGGAGAGCCAUUGACUUGGGAGGCUUUCAGGGGGAGGUUCCUCUCGGAGUAUUUCCCCAACAGCGUGAGGUAUGCCAAGGAGGUGGAAUUCCUCCAGUUGACUCAGGGAGGGAAAUCAGUGACCAAGUAUGCUGAGAAGUUCAAGCACCUCAGCCGCUUCUACACACUACCCCUGGAUGAAGAGUGGAGAUGCCACAAGUUUGAGAAUGGUCUAUGCGGUGAUAUUCGCUUGAUGGUGGCACCCUUUUCCAUCAAGGACUUUACCACUUUGGUGGAGAAGGCCAGAGUGAUGGAGAAGAUGAAACGUGAGGUUGAAAGACAGUGCCCACAAUAG